AUGGGAAAUUCCUCUCCUGCACACAAGCGUUUUUUAAUAGAGCAGUUGAAGAAAAGAGGAGAAGUGGUGGCUGUGGUAGGAGAACAAACAUCUGAAAGUAAUGUGGUUCUUGAAGCAGCUCAUUUUGGCCUGCCUGUGGUGACUAACUGGCCUAAAACUAUAACUUAUGUGAUUAACAGCAUCAAGGGAGGAAGAAUUGUUUGUGAGAAUAUGAGGCAGUUCAUCCAAGUUGAGAUAAUCUUUGCAAUCAGUAGCUUAUUAAUAAACUUCAUACUGGUUAUAUUAGACGGAGAUGGCCCGUUAACAGUCAUACAGUUGGUAUGGGUUAACCUUCUUGUAACAUUUAUUGGAGGGCCAGCUUUGCUAAUUACUCAACAGACCACAAGACAACAAAGGGAUGAGCUUUCUAUCAUACCAAGAAAACCACCUAUUACCAAGGUUAUGUGGAGAAACAUUCUUUUUCAAGCUUCUUAUCAGACUGGCAUUUUUGUAUUCCUUCAACAAAGAGGAAGUGCGAUACUGGGGAUCACUCCAAAAGUUAACAGAUCUAUAGUCUUUAACGGGUUCGCUCUGUGCCAGCUUUUUAACAUAUUCAGUGCAAGGGAUUUGGAGCAGAAGAAUUUUUUCAAAGGUCUUGGUCAAAAUUACUUGUUUUGGGCUUUGUCUGUGAUCUGUCUUGUGUUGCAGCUUGGAUUCAUUGAAGUAGAGGCUGUCUUUGUCUUUACCAACACGGCACGACUGAAUUGGAAGCAAUGGGUUGAAUCCAUUUUAAUUGGAGUUGUUACAUGGUUGCUUGAUGUGAUAGUAAAAUGGGCAUCACAAUACAUAAACAAAUAUUGUGACUGUGGAGUUCUUCACCCAGCCAGAAACUGGUUCCAGAAUUGGUUUGCCAGAAUCAACUGUUGUGACAGUGGACCAGGAAGUGCACCAAAUUCUACCCUUGCUUCCUUGGAUCCUCCAAGAUCCACUGGUGGAAAGGUACUAUACAAAUCUAUCCACACUGCCUAA